AUGAGUAACAAGGACAACAUUAAUCUUGAUUGUAUAACAUGUGACACUCAUAGUUUGAAGACAGAGUUUGUUUGCUUGCAGUGCAAUGUGUUGGUGUGCACUGAUUGCUUGGUGCAGACACACAAUGGUCACAAGAUUGAUCAUUUGAGAAGGAUCAAACAGAGUCUAUCGACCAAUGAUCAUCAAUCAUUAUGGUUGACAACGAGAAUGGAGCAUCUCUGGAAGACACUUCAACUGUGUGCAUCGUCAUAUCAAUCGUUGGAGGUCACUUCCAAAGAGGUGAGCGAUCACUUUGAACAAAUGUUCAAGUUGUUGAUGGCUCAAGAGCACAAGAUCAAGACACCGAUCAAUGCUCAGAUGACACACAUUCAAUCAACAAUCAACAACAUCGUCAAUGAAAUCAUUGACAUCAAUCACUUCAUCAUCAACCAAUCGUCAUCAUAUGUUGGCGGUGAGAGAUAUGAUCAGUCAUCAAGAGACAGUCCAAAGCUACUCGAGGCCAUCAUGUCAAGCACAUCAAUCGAUCAAUUCAUCAAGAUGCCCUACACUCAGACAUUGUUGCUCCUAUCGGAUGACGUUGAUGUUGAUAAACCGGAGCCCAGCGACGAUGAACUGUUGGCAAAGAUUGGUCGACACGCCCUGCAUAUGCGUCAGGUACCCUAUGACGAUGUGUCAACACACCGUCUUCAAGCACAUCGUAUCAAGAUUGAUGUUGGCAAGCUGGAUCAGAUCAAGAAGCAGAUCGAGUCAUGCUUUUUACUGAUCGAGCAUGGUCGUAAUAUUGCACAAAUCGAUAUACCCAUUGCCAAUGUGAACAUUGUCGCAGCGCACAACAACGACCUCACAAUGCUCUCACUUCAAUCGUCCACCUGGGCAACGAUCCCAGAUGCACUUGGCCAUAACCACGAUCAAGUAUUCACCUCGUUCGUUUAUGCACGUGGCAAUGUCUAUGUGUUUGGCGGGAAGGACCGACAGAAGAAGUUCCUUCGAUACUCCCUGGUGGACAAACAACGGUUUGACAAUGAUAUCUCUGGCGUGAAUGGAGGCUACUACAUCUCGGCAUGCUACGACGGCGAAAAGAACAUCUAUCUCGUUGGUGGAUUCGAUCAGAACAAUAAGAUGAGGAAGCGAGUUGAUUGCUUCAACAUUGACACUCAGAAGUUCAGCAAAGUUGGACAGCUCACGUUUGGGUUGGCCUGGCCAACCAUCCACUUCCACAACAACACGAUCUAUAUGGUUGGAGGCCAAAGGACGAUGGCCAACAGCUUGGCGUCCAAUCAUCGAGAUGUUAUCGCUUUCAAUGUUCGAACAAUGGUCACUCAAACAUACAUAGCAGCAGCGCUCUCUAGAGAUACCAGCUCAAUAUGCUUUGAUAACAGCGACAGUAUAUACUCAUUGGAUGGAGUGACGUUCAAAAGGCACUCGAUCACCAACAAGCAGUCAGCCCAACUGGCAAACUGUCCAGUGUUUGAGAGCCAUAUCAAGUUGUGGUUUGUUCCAUCACAUGGAGUCCUAUAUCUUGGCGGCACAAACAAGAACUAUCUCUACUCUGUUGAAGAUAACAAAUGGACUCUGCUCUAUGAUCAUGACCCUGUGCCCAUUCGCGUAGGACGUGGAUCAUGUGUAAAAGGUAAC